UAAUAACCUCAAAAUUGUUGUGGAAACUUUUUUUUGUUUUGUGCUUCUUAUCUAAAUUGUACGUAAUUAGAAGUAUAAUUCAGUAAUUAAAUAAACUAUCAGUAAAUGAAAAUGCCUGGCAUGUCUAUAUAAUAAUUAAAUACUCCGAAUAAUUUAGUCUGAAGUACCAAAUUCUUAAAAAUGGAAUCUGUGUGGUUUAAACCCAGCUUAGCUGACGAAAUUAUGAAAAACACUGAGAUUUUUGAUCACACACAAAGUAUUGUUACUGAUAUUCUGUCCAACCGAUUGGACAUUACCCUCCUUGUAGAAAACAUGGCAGGGGUUCUGACAGACAAAGAUGCAGAGAACCGUGAACGUGGAAUGCGAUUCUUCACAAAAAUUCUCCGGGAGCUCCCAAAGCAUUACCUAAAUGAUAUGCAAGUGAAAUUUAUAUCCAAAUUUUACGUUGAUCGGUUGAAGGAUAACCAUAGGGUGGUUCCGCCUGUACUAGAAGGAUAUUUAGCACUUAUUGAUAUGAAGAAUUAUGAUAUACAAUUCAGUGGCGAAUUCUUCCUAGUUUUGUUUAGGGAAGUCGCCUGCCAGUCUCAAGUGAGACAAGACAGGUAUAACAUCUAUUUAAUCAUACAGAAGUUGUUGGACAAGAAUAUUGAAUAUAUGAAGAAUCUCGGUCCAGAUUUCGUAUAUGGAGUAAUAUCAGCAAUGGACGGGGAACGGGACCCGAGAAAUCUCUUAUUCCUAUUCUCAUUUCUACCCAGAUUCAUAUCACAAGUACCUCUAGGCCAUUUGACUGAGGAGAUGUUUGAUGUGGUGUCCUGUUACUACCCUAUUGACUUCCAUCCGUCUCCUGGGGACCCUGCAGCAGUCACCAGACAGGAUCUAGCUAAUGCUUUAGCUCCUUGUCUCUGUGCCAUUCCCGCCUUUGGAGAGCAAUGCUUAAUAUUACUUAUUGAAAAAUUAGAUUCGAAUUUACAAGUGGCUAAAUUAGAUUCUUUGAAGUUAUUGACCGAAACUUGUAAAACCUUUGGCCCAGAGUGCUAUGGGCCAUUUUUAAAGGCGUUAUGGGGUUCUAUUCGCCGAGAGAUAUCACACAAAACUGAUGAGGCUCUUAAAAUGGCUGCACACGAAGCAUUGUCUGCUUUAGUCACUAAAUUGUCCAGCACUGCCAACACUGAUCAAGCUUUCGAAACCUUUGUUGAGGGAAUACUUAUUUCAAUGCAAAGUGCUAUCGCCGAAGCUACUACAGUAAUUCAAUUCGUUCACGCAACCAAAGUGUUACUGACAACAGCAAAUGCUUCAAAAGAAUCAUGCGUAAUCAUAUGUGGGAGCAUGAUACCAGCAACUAUAGCUUUCUACAGUUUUAAGACUUCUAAAAAGCUACAAAUAUGUAGCUUGGACUUUUUAGGUGAACUUUACGAUCUAGCGAAACAUUGGGAAGUUUUAGAUCGGGUUCAGGUACAGAUCAAAGAAAUACCCCAGCAUUGUUUGACCGCUGUCAGUGAGACAUCAAAGGAAUAUCAAAUAGCAGGAUUCAAGACUCUGAUUAAAGUGAUAGAUGUGUUAGAAACGGACCUGGUGGUACCAUUUGUCGAAGUGUUAAUUCACAACGUACAGUAUUCUCACGAGACUGACUUGUUAUCUACUAGCGUCGAAACGGUACAUCAUAUCGCCCAAAAAUAUCCUGAAUUGAUCAUGAGUUUGGUAGUCAAAGGAAAAUGUGAUUUAGGGAAUUUAACAGCAGACCUAAACGCUUUACGCGAACGAUUGAACUUGCUAUCGAAUUUGCUUAGCAUAGAUGAUUUUACCAAAGUGAUUAUUGAGGAAAUGUUGAAAUUGAUAGUUGAGAAUGAUAAAGAAGCGCCUAAAGUAAUAGAAGCGUUGAGUGAGACGAUGUCUAAUACAAAUUUGUAUUCAGACAAGAAAGUGACUCAGAUUGAGAGUGAUCAUAAUCUUAUAAAUUCUGUAGUGGCGUGGUUGUUCAUCGAAAUAGAGUCUACCUCUCAAGAAGUGCUCGCUCACGGUUAUACUUUGAUAUCGAACACUAUGGGUAGUCUUCCUGCAGCAAAGCAAAUAAACAUAUUAGAACAGCACACACAGAUAAUACUAGACAAGUGCAAGAUGCAUGAAGUUUACUUCCUUAUUCUGGAGAGCUUGUACAAUUCUGUGCAUCAGAGUGUUUACAAUGACAAGUUUCCAGAUAUUCUGGCUUUGUCUUUGAAAUUGAGUUUGACGUGUGAUAAUGAGAUGAUUAGGACGAAAGCGUGUGCGUUAACGGCACAUUUUCUGAAUAAGGCUGACUAUGGACCUAAUUUUGAGCUGCUGUAUGAAUAUUUGAAGAAUUAUCUGUCGUCAUGUAGCGGUAUGGACAACGCGGUGUGCCCAAGACUGAUAAUGUUGUAUGGUUGGAUUGCUAAAGCGUUGGUCAUGAGAGGUAGCGAUAUGUUCAUGUUUUGGUUGCAAAAGAUAACAACAGUACUAUUAAGUCCAGAUUACGCGAAAGAUGCCGCGGAGUCUAUAAAACUGGUUAUGUCUAGUCAGCCAUCUUACUUCACCACUCGCCAUCACUGCAGGCUAAGUCUCCUAUACAAGCAGAGAAUGUUCGUAGCCUUCGCCGGACUCGCUGAGAAAGUUGGCAAUGUGACCGCAGAGACCAAAGAACACUACCUGCUUAGUUGGGCGUAUGUGAUCGGACGAGCGCCUAAAAGUGUACUUAAUAGUGAAGUUAAUAAGAUCGCGCCUCUAGUAAUAGACUCGCUAGAGUACGACAACAAGGAUCUCCUUCUCGUCAUGCUGGAUGUGCUAUGCCACUUCGUGCAGUCAGCCCAUGUUGUCGUCUCGGAUAGUCUUCAAACCAUCCUGCCCAGACUGGUCAACUUAUCUAGAUAUGUUAAGUCUAUGGACGUCAGAAUAAAAAGCCUGCAAUGUCUCUACGACAUAGCCAACGCAUACCGCACCGCUCUACUGCUCCCGUACAAGCCCGACAUAUUGGUCGACCUGUCGCCUUCGUUGGAUGACAAGAAACGCUUAGUGCGCAAUAUGGCGGUUCGCGCGCGAACCCGCUGGUUCUUGAUUGGCGCGCCGGGCGAGGCGAAGCCUAACUGACCAAUAGGAUUGUAGCAGCAUUCAAAAAAUAGAACACUAUUUUUGUUUUUAAUUUCUCGUGAUAAAUUGAAACAAGGUUUUUUCUGCCUCUUCUUUCGUCUUUAAUUUCUGUUUUUAUUUUAUUCUAUCAAAAUACUUCAACGUUCCUUUCACUUUAAACGAACAUAUAUACUUAACGAAAAGCUUUGUUUUAAUUUACCAUGGCUAUUGUUUAGUAAAAUUCUAAAUAUAAAUUGUUAUCUAAAAAUAUAAGUUGGUUGUUUUAGUUUUUAAAAUUAAUAAGCAGCUAAUCGCAUGUUCAAGUAUGUACGAUAAAAACAAUAUUUCCAUUAAUUUUAUGAUUGUAUGAUCUGACAAUAUACAAUUUACAGAAAAAUCGUAUCAUAAACUUGUUACUGAAUGCUUGUUUUUAAUAAAAUAUAAAAAUAAAUAUCGACGUAAUAAAUUGUAUAUUUGUAUUUAA